GGAAGUGGGUCCAUUUUUUUUUUCUCAGUCGGAUAAGAGCGGCUCGAGGAGCUGCAGCCGGAGUAACACGCGCCUGCGAGAGCGCACAACUCGUGUUUAUGUUAAUGUUAAUUCACCCGAGAGUAAACAACGGCAACAACAACCAAGUAAGGGACGUGGUUUAAGGUCCAUACGGUCGCUGGACCGAGUUUUUUCCGGGUACAGGGCACCCCUUUUUCUACGCCGCCGGAGGAAAAACCCUGCGCAUUCCUCCACGCAGAGGAGAGCCCGAGAGGGAGACCAGACCACGGACUGGACGGGGAAGGAGACCUGGAAGCGGCCUCUUCACAAGGUGGACUGGUGAAUUCACCCUCAGAGGCUGGUCACAGACGUCCUGCCUGAUGUUUGGGCUCUCACCGUGUUUGUUUUGGAUGCCCUGAAGACCCGAGGCACGCCAUGAGCUCGCUGCUUUGAUGAAUAAUUUACGGUCUCUCGGUCCGAGGCUCGCGCUGCGAAUACCAACCGACCGCUGGCUGCGCCCGACGCCGCCUGAACGGACCCCGAUGGUGGACUAGAGAGGAAAAAACACAACGACGACACGGGCCUAAAUUGGAGUGCAGAUAAAAAAAUAAAAAAAUAAACAAAAGAGAGAGAUAUUAGAAAUAUUUUGGGACUCGUCUGGGUGCUGCAGAGCCCUGUAGUCAUGUUGCCGAGUCGGUGGGGGAGGAGAGACGGAGCCCCCAGUACUUCGACGCCGAUCCAGUGUCACUCCAGUUUCGGGUUCAUUUUAUGAGCCUCAGCGAAGCACCUCCACAGAAGCGCCAACAUCGUCCAUUGUCAUCUCGCUGGUCAUUAUUUGGAGGAAUGAGGCGGAUGUUUCCCAGUUAAACGCCUUACACACCUGAAUUGAUCUUAACAGCAUUAAGUGUGUUUUUUUUUCUUGUUGUUACCUCAGAAACAUUGUUUGAAUAACUGUUAUUCAAAAGUAUAUAAGAACUGGCUACCUCAUUGAUUUGCAUCAGGUCGGAGUUAUAUAAUACAGAGAAGAGUCUGUAUGUCGUUGAGCACCGUUUUCACUUUUGAGCCGACUCUAAUACCUCAUGAAUCUACCUCAAGUCGCACAUUAUUUUUUACACCACACCACGGGCCGAUGCGUCCCCAGAUGAAUACCUCACCCUCACUUCUGCGCCUGUUGUAAACUGAGCCUGUUGUUUCGGUAACGCUGCAGAUGGCUUCAUUUCCAGACUCGGACCUGCAGACCUGCCCGCUCUGCAAGGAGCUGUGCGGCUCCUCUGCACCGAUCUCCUCCAGCUCUUCUACCUCUUCAUCCUCUUCACAUACCUCGUCCUCCUCCAGCCAGACCACCAGGAGACUCCACGUCCUGCCCUGCCUCCACGCCUUCUGCAGGCAGUGCUUAGAGGGCCAGCGGAGUCCCGGGGACCCGCUGAAGCUGCGAUGCCCCACCUGCGACCAGAAGGUGUCCAUCUCUGAGGCUGGGGUGGACUCCCUGCCUUCCUCCAACUUCCUCUUCAGCAACCUGCUGGACGUGGUGGUGAGCUCUGAGGAACAGAUCCAGAACAAGAACGGCCACCACCACAGGGGAGGCUUAGGUGGAGGCUCGUCUGGCUUCCAUCACCCCCAUGGAGGCCUGCUGCAUCCGCACCAUCUCGGAGAGCCCCAGUGCAGCUCCUGUGAUGAGGAGAACCCAGCCACCUGUCACUGCCUUGACUGCCAGGAAUAUCUGUGCGACAACUGUGUGCGGGCACACCAGCGAGUGCGGCUGACCAAGGACCACUUCAUUGAGCGCCUGGGAGACAACCUCCACUUGGGCCGGGUCAAUGCCAACAGCAACCCGGGCCAGCCAGGGGUGUCAGUGUCCCUCGCCCAGUCCCUGCAGAACAACUUUGCCCUGCUGUCCCUGUUCCAGGACCGCAUGAGCUUCUGCCAGCACCAUGACAAUGAGGUGUUCCUGUUCUUCUGUGAGACCUGCUCGGUGCCUAUCUGCAGGGAGUGCAGCGUGGGCCGCCAUAUGGGCCACACCUUCGUUUACCUGCAAGACGCUGUGCAGGACUGCAGGGCCAUCACCAUCCAGCUGCUGUCAGACGCACAGCAGGGACGACAGGCCGUACAGCUAAGCAUGGAGAAGGUCCAGGCAAUGGCAGAGCAAGUGGAGAUCAAGGCUAAGGUGGUGCAGACUGAAGUGAAGGCCCUUGUUCUGAGACACAAGAAGGCGCUGGAAGAGAGGGAGUGUGAACUACUGUGGAAGGUGGAGAAGAUCCGUCAGGUGAAGGCUAAGUCUCUGUACCUGCAAGUGGAGAAGCUGCACCAGAGUCUGACCAAGCUGGACAGCACCAUCGCUGCCGUCAGCCAGGUGCUGGACGAGGGCCGCCACCUUGACGUGCUGCUGGCCAGGGAGCGAAUGCUCACCCAGAUCCAUGAACUCAAGGCUCUCAGGGGCCUGCUUCAGCCGCAGGAGGACGACCGCUUCAUGUUCACUCCUCCAGACCAGGCUCUGUACAUAGCCAUCCAGUCCAUGGGCCUGAUCAGCAGUGGAGCCUUUGCCCCCGUCACCAAAGCCCAUGGUGAGGGUCUGAAAAGCGCGCUCCGCGGCAAGCCUGCGUCCUUUACUGUGAUUGGAUAUGACCAUGAUGGCGAGCCGCGUCUUUCCGGCGGGGACACAGUGUCUGCAAUAGUCAUGUCAGUUGGCGAUGGUAACCUGUCUGCGGCAGAGGUAACAGACCACCAGAAUGGCUCAUACACUGUCAGCUAUGUGCCCAAAUGUGAGGGCGAGCACCUUGUCUCUGUGCUGGUGUGUAACCAGCACAUCCAGGGCAGCCCCUUCAAGGUGAUCGUGAAGUCAGGGCGGAGCUAUGGGUCUUUGGGUUCCCAAGUCUCAUCCUUUGGAUGCGAGGGGGAGGGAGAUGGUCAGCUCUGUCGUCCCUGGGGCAUCAGCGUGGACAAGGAAGGAUACGUGGUGGUGGCUGAUCGAAGCAACAACCGCAUACAGAUAUUCAAGCCUUGCGGUGCCUUCCACCAUAAGUUUGGCUCUCUGGGUUCUCGGCCUGGUCAGUUUGAUCGUCCAGCUGGUGUUGCUUGUGACAGUCAGAGACGAAUCAUUGUGGCUGAUAAGGACAAUCACCGUGUGCAGGUGUUUACUUUUGAGGGCCAGUUCCUGCUGAAGUUUGGGGAAAAGGGUACCAAGAAUGGGCAGUUUAACUAUCCCUGGGAUGUGGCUGUCAACUCUGAGGGUAAAAUCCUGGUCUCAGACACCAGGAACCACCGUGUGCAGCUCUUUGCCCCUGACGGCUCUUUCCUCAACAAGUACGGCUUUGAAGGGGCCCUGUGGAAACACUUUGACUCUCCCAGAGGAGUGGCCUUUAACCACGAAGACCACCUGGUGGUUACCGACUUCAACAACCACCGGCUUCUGGUCAUCCGGCCAGACUGCCAGUCAGCUCGCUUUCUGGGCUCUGAGGGCACCGGGAACGGGCAGUUUCUGAGGCCCCAGGGCGUCGCUGUGGACCAGGAGAACCGCAUCAUCGUGGCCGACUCCCGCAACCACCGAGUCCAAGUGUUCGAGCCCAAUGGAAACUUCUUAUGCAAAUUUGGCACACAGGGGAGUGGCUUCGGACAGAUGGAUCGCCCCUCUGGUGUGGCUGUGACGCCUGAUGGAGUCAUUGUGGUCGUUGACUUUGGAAAUAAUCGUAUCCUCAAAUUCUAAAAAAAAAAAAAAAAAAAAAAAAAAAAAAAUUUGCAUUCUCUCCCUCCGUUUGUCCUUUUUGCAUUUUUUUCGAUGAAGGAAAUGGAGGAGAAAGAAUGAAUCAACCGACACAACAGGAGGAGAGCUCAGGGAGGAUUGAGAGCAGGUUGAAAUGAAGGGAAAUUAAAACUAUAGAUAAUUUUUUUUUUUUACAUUUACAUUGAUCUUCUCCAAAUCGGAUAUCUGCGGUAUGUAUGACAAAGGGGACCUCUACAAAUUGAUAAUCAGUAGAAAAAGAGCCAUAUUUCCCUUCCUCAGUCUCAGCUGCUUUGAAUUCUCUCUGUAAGCUCUCCUUGAGUAUCCAUCUCAGGGAAUUUCUCACUUUUCUUGAAAUCUUAUACCCUCUGCUCCACACCUACCUCAUUUAGCUCUUUAUGAAUGUACUCAUAGUCACUGAGCAGAGGUUUUAGUCCGUGAAGUUUUACAAAGAAGAAAAGUCUACCUCUAUACUUUGUUAUUUAAGAGAGACAAAAAAGAAUAGACUCUUCAGUUGAUAUUUGCACAGGAUUAAUGGAAUUCUUGCUGUGCAUUUUGAAAUUUUGAGUUAAAGUGAACCUCCUGAAUGUUGUUGCUGAGACAAUACUCAGACCACUGUAGAGGCUGCAUGAUCUGUUCUCAUUAGAAGGCUUCGCUCGGGGAGGAAACUAGGGUACAGUAGUGUCCUUUUCAUGUUUUAGGCUAGUUAGUUUUUCGCUUACGCAUCGAACCUUGUCUCUUUGUGGCUCUGUGGAGUUUGUAGUGUCAUGGUAGCCUAAGAAGAGUGUGCGAAGCGAUGCCAAACUUGACAGAAUCAAAAUUAGCUCAGGUCGCAGUAGGACUGAUUAAAAUGAUCAGUACUUUUCAGGCUCUCCCUCGAGCUUUAAUGGCUAAUGCUGAUUUGAUGUUUUUUUUUUUGAUAAGCAAAAAAUAUUAAGUUUAGGGAAUCUUCUCCAAAAAUGAUUCCUGAAAUGAUCCCUAAAAUAAGCCCUGUAAUGAAAUUAUCCUGUGUUUGAUUAUCCAUACUCCCCUGCCCCAACCUCGUCUCAUAAAGACUGGGUGAACUAACGUUUGUGAUAAAAUAAGACAACCUGUGUUGUUACCAUCCCGUCAGUUGCAUGAACACCUAAGAUGCAAAGAUUAGUAUGCAAGGAGAGCAGCGUCUCCUCCAAAAGGGAGGACCCACCAAAGGAUUUUGGACAAGAAUCUUCCAAGAUCUGGAUCUAUUAGUGAUCUUAAUGUAGAGAAUUAAUCAUAUAAUUGAAGGACACCUUUAUGAUGAGGCCUUCUGUAUGACAAAAGCCUCAGAUGUCAACACCUAAUUUGGCCGUCCAGAGGACAUUAAUGACAUCAAAAUACAGACCUAACACUACAAUCCUCUGGAUUUAGAUUGUGGUUGAAAGCCACUCCCUGUGGCUCCUGGGGCCUAGGAUGUAGUCCAGUCCAAUGAGAGGGCACCAUCACAAAAGCCCUGCCCUAUUUAUUGAUGCUCCAGAUUGAGCGCUAGUAGACCGAUUCCUCUAAAGAUGGAGGUCUAUAGGCCACCUACUUGAGUUUACCAAAGUUAGAAUUUCUGCACAAUGGCCAACUGUAGAUUUGGCAAUUAAAGAACGUAACCCCCCCCCUCUUUUAACAACAUUUUCUUAAAUAAUCAUUGUUGCUGGGAAGUCUAAAGUUCUCACAGAGAACUCACAGAGUUGGGUUCAUAGCACUGUCCACGUUAGGGUUAGAAGAAUAGAAGCGUGCUUGGGUCACAGUUUAUUGUGCAUGAGUACUUUCACAUCCUGCUAAGACCGAGGCCCUCACUGUUUGAGGCAGGUUUUGACAGAAGACUCUGUUCGUCUGUCUGCAGAAAUGUUCGAGUAGAGAACUGAAGAUGCCCGCAACCAAAGAGAGCCCCUUACUCCCCCUGACAUUUAUCGCAUCAGCCUAUCGAAUGAUGCCCCACUUUUAUUAAUAGUAGAUGGCCUGUAGGCUUAAAGUAGCAUCUCAGAUUAGCCUUUGCAUCCCAAUAUAAUCUCCAUUGAAACUAACAGAUACUGUACUAACUCUUUGUGGUGAAAGCAUUGGGGGGGUUUUGAAUCCCCUUGCCCUUUGUUCAAUCUGUGUCCCGCUGGAAGCACUAAGACAAUUAAGGUUCUGUUAGCCACCUCCUUAGCCUAGCAAAGAAUCUUGGGACCCAUGAAAAGUCACCGACCGGCUCUGACCUCUGAGGAGAGGGCCCGUCUGCACAUGAUCAGGAUUUACAUCCUCAUAUCUCAGAUGUCCUGUACCUCAACACUUGCUUAUACCUCCUUUUCUCGUAUACUUCAACCCCCGAAUACCUCGAGUGUGUCACUCAUAGCUACUGUGCAUUUAAACAUUCAAAUACCUCAACGUGUUACUCUCAUUCUGAAUACCUCAUUUUUACUCUUUUAUUUAAGCAUACCUCGUCAGAUAUUUAUGCAUUGCAAAUAUACCUCGUUUUAAUUUUCUUGUGUUACAGUGCAGUACAUGUCCCAUAGCUCUAGGACCAAAGAUCAUGGUACUGUUUCGUGUUGAAAUAAAUUUUUUUUUAAUUAUCGUCCAUCGCUCCAUCUUUCAGCCCUGAACAGCUUUUGGUUUGUUGAAUCUACUGUAAAUUGCCUGGUAAAUUUUUGCCUUUUAUCACCAAGAAACCAAAUAUUUCAGAUGAAAGCAUUGUGCCAAAAAUGAUCUGUGAGAGUUCUGUGCCAAACGGGGUUGGCAUUUGGACCACUCUGUUGUAGACGACAAAUGUCACUGGACCAUUAUAUCAUAGAUACAAAUGUUAAAUCAGAGCACCUGAGGAUAAAUCCUCGCUCUCUGACUGGAUGCGCUUAAGAGGGCUGUGCCCCAUUUAUCUUUACCUCAUGAUGAUGAUGAUGAUGAUGAUGAACAUGCAGAUUCCACUUGUACUUUGUUGCUGUGCACAAGAGGGUGAGGGGAAGAGCAAAAGGCCUCUUUUAAAGAGUUAGGAACUUUGAACACACAAGAACGACCUCUGUUUUCAGCACAAUUUACCAAUGUUUCAGUGUGGAUUUUAGGAUGCUUGAUGUUGCUUGCAGAGGACUUGGAGACGAGUCUGAGCUCAAUCAUUCUCACUGUGGUUCAAACACACCAGAGGGUUAUGACUAAUGGUGAUAACAGGCUGGUUUAUUAUUUAAGUGGAGCUAUUAGCACAUUUAUGGUGAGCCAGUUUCAGUCCACAGACCCUGCUGCUUUGAACCCAACACCUAGUUUCACCCAUAAGAUUGUUUUUUUUUUUUUUUUUUUUUUUUUUUGCUUUUCAGUAUUACUCUGUGAAAUGUUCAUUCAUGUUGCAUCCGUUUUUUUUUUUAUUAAGAUCACAGAAUUCUAUCUUUAAGAUCCUUAGGUCUUCACUCUUAAAGAGGAAAAUGUAUUUUAAACCUUUAUUUUGCUUUUCAUUUUGUUGCAUGCUUUAAAAAGUCCUUGUAUUAUACUGACGUCUCUCAGAUAGAUGUUGAAAAACUCAGAUGGGGUGGGUAGCUGAUUAUCGGGAUGAUUUUACCAAAAUAUAUACCCAAAGAUGUGUAUGUGUGUGUUAAUAUUGCAUUGGAUGGAAUUAACCUUUGACCUCGGCGAUUGUAUUUCCUGUUCUCUAGAGGCUCUGCAGAGCACAACCUGUUCAGCCAGCCAUGCCUCGAUUCCUGAGAAACAACAGAGGCAGAGUUUUCUGAUACUUGCAGAAGGCUGGUCUGCCCCUUGACCAUUAGUGCUUAACUUUCUUUAACUCCCUCUCAUAUGCAUAAUAUGGUUAGAUAUAUUAACAUAUUGUCCUUUCACGCUCGAGCCCUGUAACUUAAGGAAGCUAUAUAAGCUUCCUGCUGAGCUUAGAUUUAUGUUUUCCAACUGUGAUGAAUCCAUAAGGUGGCCGUUUUGUGUUUUUGAACUCGCAGCUAGGUUUCUCCAGCACAAACUAGCAAUCAGCUCCCCUCAUCGUCUUUAUAAGAAUCUAGGAAGUAUGGUGAUGGCUGCUGAGCACGUGAUCGGUUGACUGCACUCCUGCUCGGUGGGGUUUUUUUUAUUUUUUUUUAUUGGGCCCCUGUGGUUUUUGUCCACCAUUUUAUUUCUGGCCUCUCACGGCUUUAAGAGAGAGAAAAAGCAAAGCUGCACCAGGUGACGUGCGCAAGGUCGUAGACCUCCUUUUAAUGAUUGUAUACUCGAAAGAAAGAAAGACAGACGGAAAGAAAGGAAAAAAGGUUUGAAAAUUUAGAAAGGAAAAAAUAAAUCUCAGGUAGUUCUCAGCAGCCCUGCUCUGCAGGUGUCUUAUUGAAACGUGUCCCGUAGUGAUGAUGUAAUGACUUUUUUUCCCUUGUUAUGACCUCUCAGUACUAGUCUGAUUCUUUUGUGUCCAUUUACAUAUUAUAAAAACAAAUUAUUUCUCAAUCUGAAAAAAAAAAUGUUUUUGAUUAGUUCCCCCGAUUGUUUUUGUUUUUUUUUUUUUUGCCAAUUUUUUUUUCUCUCUUUAACAAAAGUACAAAUACUUAACACUGCUUGAUGCUCAUUGGCCCUUUUAGAAUGUAUUUUGUGAAGAAAAGGGUUAAAUGGGAUCUUGCUGAUGCUCGCUCAACCCCAACCAGCUGCUGGAAGCCUGACAAGACAGAACAGAGACCACAGAACGUUCUUCUGGGUUCUUCUCUAAGAUUCGUUUGCUGAAAUGUUCCACACCAGCAAUACUCAGAGUGUAAGGUGGAGUCAUGUGUUUACGGUGGAACAUGGCCUGAGGAGAUAGCAGCCAGUUCUUCUUGUCCACACUCUUGUUUCCGUUGUGUCCUGUUCUCCCAGCAGCCGGAUGUGUGUGGAGCGGGCGUAGUGUUUGCGCUGCAUCUGUGUUGUCUGAGCAGAGAUCCACUGAAUGUAUCCUCCUCACAGUCCAAGAGGCAGGGCGAGCCAGCAUGGCCAGCUGAGUUUAGAUGGGUGCUGCUAGCGCUUCCUCAUCUAUGCCACUGUGUGUGUGUGUUUAUCAGUCAGAGCCCUGUGUGUGUAUGUGUGUGUGUGCAUGUGUGUCUGCUAGCACACCUUCCCUCCCUCUUGAACACACACUCACACAUUGUGCUCAGUGGAAGUGCAGAUGUCAGGUCUUCAGUCUAAAUAAGGCAGAGGAGACUAUAAUAUAUUGGCCACUUGCUGCUCGCUCUGUACUCUGUGGACUUUAAACAUUUCCU